AUGGUCACAUUGAACAAAUUAUUUUUAAUAUCCAUACCAUUAUGGAAUGUAGCACAUUCCCAAUUGGCAAACCCCAAUGAUUAUUUCAAUGAAAACGAUGAUAAUAAUACAACUUCCUCGAAUACACCAAGGCUGCAUGGAACCACUUCAAUAUUAGCCCCGACUUCCUCUACACAAACUUCAACUAGCGUGGUGUUGCCCUCAACAACAAUUAUAAACCCAAUCCCAUCUUCUGCAUUUUCAUCUUCGACAGAUACAACAAGUAUAUAUUCACCCUCUUCAGAGUCCUCAACUUCAAUUCGGCCUUUGGUACCCUCUUCUUCAUCUUCUACCACAACUACUUUUACUCCAUCCACUAGUUCCUCUACUUCUACAACCAGUACAACUAGUGUUAUAUCGUCAUCUUCAUCAACAAUAAUAAUAUCAUCAUCAUCAGUGUCAUCUAUUUCUUCUUCUGCAACAUCAACAUCAUCUCUAUCAUCGUCAGUUGAUCAGACCUCCUCAACUGGGUUUACAUCUUCCCUAUCAAGCUCAUCAUCAAUUUCUACAAGUUCAUCUAGCUCCAGUGCUUCACAUUCAUCGUCACAUUUUUCAUCAGAUACCACUCAGGUGAAAGAUUUGAAUAAUUCCACUUCAACUUCUUCAACAUAUUCAAGUUCAUCUACUUCUAGAUCAUCAUCUUCCAUUUCUUCAUCUACAUCACCAUCUUCUUCACACUCAAAAAGAUUGACCACCUAUGAAUCUAAAGCUACAUCCACUGAACCAAGAACUAUCACUAGUAUGGUUCAUGGCUCACAAAUUGUUUCUGUUUAUAAUGUAACAGUUACAUAUACUGCAACUACCACUUCUGAUCUAGGUUCCAAUUAUAAAAGUAACAAUCAUCAUGGUCUAACAAAAAAAAAUAGAAAUAUCGUCAUUGGUGUUGUUGUUGGGGUCGGUGUUCCUAUUCUUUUAGCCAUUGCUUUAUUCUCAUAUUUGUUCUGUAUUAAAUCUAAAAAGACCGAUUUCAUUGAUUCCAAUGGUAAAGUUGUUACUGCAUAUAAGGCGAACAUUUUUACAAGCUGGUGGUAUUCUCUAUUGGGUAAAGAUAUCAGUAAUAAAUAUGAAACAAAUUCUCCAUUAGGAACUGAUAUUGGUGUCUUAGAUGCUACCGCAGAUUUUGGUGGUAGUGCUAGUAGUUCAUAUGAUGAAGAUUUUUCAUCUUUAUCAUUAGAUUCUAGUAAUGCCAAUAGGAAUAGUAGUCCAAACCAUGGCAGUAUAUCAAGAAACGGUACUCGUUCUACAAUUGAUCAUGAUAUAUUUAGAAAUAUCAGUGGUGCUGGUGAGAAGAGUUCCUUAGGUAUAGCUAACAAAUCAACAACAGAUAUGGAAGAGACGUAUAGUUUAAAUGGCGAUGAUUUGGAAGAUAUAGUGAUACCAAACAAUAACAUGGUAAGUCCAACAACUUCAACAAUGAGAAGUCCGAAUACAACAUCAGUUUUAGAUCCAAAUAAUAACCUGAGAAAUAAUGUUCAUAAUUUCAAUAAAAACAAUAGCAACAAUCAUGAUAAUUACAGUGGUGGAUUAAAUGCAAGAAACUACUGA